AUGUACGGGCACAACCAAGGUAAGUAAAAACAAGAACGAAUAAACUGAUGAUUUUUUUUCUCAGUGUUCACUCUCAUUCAUUUCUCUUUUCUCUCGUCAUAAAGGAAACCAGUACCCUGGUUACCCUAACCAGCAAGGGGGAUACCCUCAGUAUCCUCCAGGCACCGCCCCUCCACCUGUCUACCCUCCUCAGCCCCACGGCCAACACGGAGGCCAGGGUACGGACCUGGACCUGGAUGCUGCCCAGGACAAGGCCAGGGACACGGCCAGGGACACGGCCAUGGACAGGGACAUCAUGGACAUGGCCACGGUCACGACCAUAGCCACAGCCACGGCCACGGCCCAGGAUACGGGCAUGGGCAGGGACAUCAUGGACAUGGACACGGAGACAAGAAAAAACACAAAAAGCACAAGGAUGGCCACAAACACGGCAAAUGCCACAAGAAAGGAAAGGACUGUCACGGGGUAAGAUUAUAAAGGUUACUCUAAUAUCAAAUCUUCAAUCAGGGUGGAUUAAUCAGAUUAUAAAAUUGAUAUAAUCUAAAAAUUAACAGUAUAAUAGCUGCAGAAAUUUGACCUUCAUGUGUUUUCAAGAGUGUUAGUGUUUCGCUCAUGUGUCUGUUUUGUGUUUAUCUUCUCUGCAGUCCUCCAGCAGCUCCUGCAGCAGCAGCGAUUCAGACUAGAUGAAGAAUCCUGAUACAUGAUCGCAUCCGGAAACCUCCGUCCAUUUACCAAACAGUCUAAUUAUUGUUUUACUGCCUUUAAGUGUCUUUGCACAUAAUCUUUAGUGUAGUGUGAGAGACACACUGCUGGUGAUGUUGUACCCACAUGACAUGACUUUGUUUGUGAGAAUAAGAAAAGUGUUCAGUUUUGUUAUGAAUUAGUGCAAUCUUCCUUGUUUUUCCUGUAUUUUGUCCUUGUGCUUCCAAACACACCUCGUCAGUCUCAACAAUAAAACUGAUAAAACUUGGGUGUGCUCUUCAUUUGUUCAGGGAAGUUGGACUAUGAGCCACACCUCGGUCAAUAACAGAACUAUAAACGCUGAGGCUGGGUCUGCUGUUAAUGUUAUCUCAUUUUCAAAGCUUGUGCCGUAAAAUACUUUUUUAUGAUAACGUAUAGAAUUGUGAUUAAAAAGUGGCCUAUACUUACUGUAUUGGUAUACUUAUAGCGAUGCAUAUUAUAUUAUAUUAUAUUAUACUAUAUUAUAUUACACUAUUUUGUAUUAUAUUAUAUUGUAUUAUAUUAUAUAAUGGUAGAGUACAAAAUGUUUAAGAGUUAACAGCUACACAUUAUUUCUGAAAUAGGACCUUCUAAACUCAAGUAUUUGAUAGAGCUUAAAAAUUCCUUAUAAAAUAUUAGCACAGUUCAGAACAGAGGAGCAAAGUUCAGAUUGACUGGCCCAAGUUUGGUAUUAUCUUAUAAUUUUAUAUAAUUGGUAUUAUCCCUCCGUCACUUUUCCUUUCUUUUGUUUUUCUUUUUUCCUCUCUUUUCUCUCCUCCUUCUUUUGCUGUAUUAUCAAAUGCUUGAACAUUUACUUUACAUCGGUACAUAAGUGAAUGUAAAGCUAUUAUUUUUACACACAAGAUCUAAUGAAUCAAACCGUCUGUGCAAUAGUUCAAUUUAAAAAAAAUACAUUUAGUCCCAUUUAAUUUUGAAAACUCUGUGUUGUAGUUCUCAUCUUACUCUGGCAGGUGGCAGCAGUGCAGAAACGGAGCACGUCUGACGCUCCCUCGUUGGUGCGUACGCCCACCGGGACGUCGCCUCACAGACCAAUCAGGGCUCGCUGGCGUCCUCUUUCAGGAAGUAGUUGCAGAAACUACAGAGGAAAGAGCAAGGAGAGCUGUUAGCUACACCUGA